AUGGCGUCAGCGAACUUCUUCUCCCUCUUGGGGGGAGACGAAGUAGAGGAUCCGGGGGUCUUCUUGGCUCGCGCUGAGGAAGAGCAGGCCAAAAAAGCAGCAGCUGCUCCUAAGAAAGAUUCCAAGCCUGCUGCCAAGCCAGCAGCCGCCGCGAAGCCCACACCUGCUGCGCCAGCCGCCGGUCGUGGAGCCGGCGCAGGAAGAGGCGGAGGUCGUGGUGGAGGCGGACGGGGAGGCGGACGGGGGGGUUCGUACCCCGCGGAGGGGGGCCAGGAUGGCGGACAGCCGUACAGGAACCGACAGCUGCGCGGAGAGGACGGCGAGGUGUCUGGAGGCGGUGGCGGAAUCCGCAGCGGUGGCGGCGGCGGCGGCGGCGGUGGCGGCGGUGGCAGUGGCGGCUAUGGCGGUCGCGGUCGGUCCGGCGGAGGUUCCCGGGGAGGCGACGGGGAGCGGAGGGGGCCUCGUCGGGAAUUCGACAGGCACAGCGGCACUGGCCGUGGUCACGAGAUGAAGCGCGACGGUGCCGGACGCGGCAACUGGGGGCGAGCCGACGAGGUGCCGCAAACGGGCGAUCAGGAGGAGGCGGGCGAGGAGGGCGAGGUCAAGCAGGCCAACGGAACGGCGGAGGGAGAGGCCGCUGCUGCUGAGGGCGACGUUGCUGCGGGAGAGGCUGCCGCUGAGGCUGCCCCUGCUGAGGAGGAGGACAAGGAGAUGACGCUCGAGGAGUACGAGAAGCUGCGCGAGGAGAAGCGCAAGGCGCUGGCGGCGAGCCGCACGGGGGAGGCGCGCAAGGUGGAGGUGGACCCGGAGAUGGCGGCCAUGGCGGUGCACAAGAAGAAGGACGUCGAUGAGGACGCCGUUUUCGUCAAACUCGCUGCUGACAAGGCUGCAAAGAAGCGGGAGAAGACAGACGAUGAAGACAAACCCAAGACUGUGAACAUCAACGAUUUCCUCAAGCCAACGGACGGCAGCACCUUCAACCCCCGGCGCUCAGGAGGCCGUGGUGGAGGCAGGGGGCGUGGUGGGGGGCGGGGGGGGCGCGGAGGCCAGCAGCAGCAGCAGCAAGCAGUGGAGAUAGCAGAUCAGACUCAGUUCCCCUCGCUGGGUGCUGCUUGA